ACUUCGUCUUUAUUUAAAUGGACAAGCAGCAAAAUUUGAUUGAAAAUUUUGAAUGCGUGUCAAAUUUGGCUAGUUCAUCAACGAAAUUUGCUUCACGGCAAUCGUUGUGCUCAGCCCCCCGCGCCUCCUGCAAGAUCCUCCGCCGCCGGUGUGCUAAGAAAUGCAUUCUGGCGCCGUACUUUCCCCCGACGGAGCCCCUCAAGUUCACCACCGCGCACGGGGUGUUCGGAGCCAGCAACAUCAUCAAGCUCUUGCGGGGACAAUUUGCCAGCUGCAGAAACAGGUGAGCGAUUUGCAAGCGCAGCUGGCCAAAGCCCAGGCCGAGCUCGUCAACAUGCAACUCCAGCAGGCAAAUCUCCUCGUUAAUCAUGGAAAUGGCACAGGACGAAUCCGCCCAAUCUCCAACAUAGGAUCCCAUCGUCUCCUGCAUCGACAACGCCGACACUACUACGACCACCGUCGGCAACUUCUUCUUCGACGACUCCAGUCUGGGCUCCGCCUGGGAACCUCUCUGGACAUGAUCAACGGAUUCAUCUCCGACGGCGGAGGAUCUUGCAGACCAAUAAGAUUUGCCAUAGGCUUAGUCCAUGGAGCGAAGGCUUGGGCUGCCCCCGGGGAAAAUUUUUGGAGCCCAUUCGGAACGGAACCCUAGGCGCAACAUAUAAAAAGGGUGCUUUCGGGUGAUUAGGGUUUGUGUGGUUGUAUCCGCGAGAGAGAGAGAGAGAGAGAGAGAGAGCGAGAGAAUUGUAUCGCCACACUCUCUGUGCUUUCUUCCUGACAAUAUUGAAAUCCUUACAAUUCCGUGGACGUAGGCAAAAUUGUCGAACCACGUAAAUAUUGUCUUGUGCGUGUGAUUGAAUUUUUCUUUGGCGUUAUUCUUUCUCUAUUUGUUUCUCACAGGUUUUGAGAAUUUGUUCGUAUAUUCCUAACAGUCUAGGGGUAAGAGCAAGCAACAUUUUAUCCAGCUCAACACCGGCCACCCUCAUUCUGUGUAAAGCUUGCUUUGAAUUUGUCAACAUCUUUCAUGGUAAUAGUGCCUACCACUGUCUAUCCAAUUGCCUUACCAUUUUUGCUUGUUUAUGUCUUUGAGUUUUCUAUAUAUUAACAUUAUUUAUUUUGCUUGUUUUCUAAAUUUACAUUAAAAAAAGAAAGUUAAGACAA